GCUGGGCAGUGAGGAGGCUAUAAGCAAUCCAUCGUGUCAGUAGACGGUACCUUUUAAACACUCGUACUUUACACCACAUUUUUCCAUUUCAAUGUUGAUGGAGUGCGUUUCGGUACGCAAGGCGUGGACAGUAGCUUUUGGACUGAAGAAAAAAGCCUAUAUUCAGCAUGCUGGUAGAGAGAAGACGUCACUUUUCCAACACAGACUAAGUUAUGAUUGACAAAGGAUAUUGUCAACAUUAACGUUAGUGUUGUUGAAACCAAAAUUCUACGCAAGUGGGAAUCUUGCCGAGCGACUUUGGAAACUACUGCAGCGCAUUGGCGAAACUGGAUCGUGGCUGAUAAAGAAUUAGCUGACCGUCCCUUGAAACACCAUAGCGAUGUCGGAUUGGUAACCUAUAUUUGAUAGUCGCAAAUUUGUCGCACUGUCUGGCCUCAUAACCUUGAUUACUUAACUUGUAAGCGAAACCAUGGUCGCUGUAGGGAGCGAAAGGCCACAGGAAUAAUUGAUGCCAGUGAAAGGGAGACCUUGAUUCAACUUCUACUCUUACAAUUGACUAUCAGAAAGUUCGCAAUGGACCUGCUGGAAUGCCCUAUUUGCCUGUUUCUAAUGUGCGAGCCUGUGACUAUGAGUUGCGGUCACUCGUUCUGCCGGCGAUGUAUGGGGAGUUACCUGCCGUCAAGAUGCCCCGCAUGCAAGGAGAGAUUUAAACAAAGAGACACAAAAAACAUCAAGAACAACGUGCUGCUAAUAGGCUUAAUCGAGAAGUGCUGCCCGGAAGAGACAAAAAUGAAGUGCCACAUUCAGGAGAAGCUCAAAACGAGCGAAUUCACAGUAGCGUUGCAGAUUGCGGAUGAGGGAAUAGAACUAGCCCCUGAUGACGUGAGUCUGAAAGUAUGGCGGGCUGAAGCCAACAUGGGUCUGCGGCGCUUCUCCGACGCUCUGCAAGACCUUGACGAACUCUGCACUUUCCGUCCAAACUGGACCGAGGGCUUCUUUCGUAAAGGGAACGUGUUGUUGGAGAUGGGUCGGCAGACGGACGCCUUGAUCCAGUUCCACCACUGCCUGAAACAGCAGGCUGAUUUUGCCCCGGCCAAGACCCACAUUAAGAAGAUCUUGGAGGCCGAGGGCAUGUCUGUGCCUGAGGAGGUGCCGCGGAUUCUGCAGGUGGUGUCUGACUUCCUGCGGGAGGAUUGUCCCAUGAGCGGCUCCCUGGGCCCCCCCCACGGGGACAACCUGAGGUGCCCCCCAGAGGACGGGGCAAAAGAAAGGGGCGACUCUGGCAAGACCGCGGCCAAAGCCAAGCUGGGCUCCAGCACCGAGUGCUGCCUGAGUCUGUGCCAGGCCGUGUCCUUCCUCCCCACCGCGGAGGAGGACGAGGAGCCCAUGAUGAGGAAGAGCGAGAGGCACAGCAGAGCCUCCUGCGGCUUGGACAGGGAAGCGAGCCUCAGCGUCUUGACCGUCUCUGACUUUGAGUGUCCUCUCUGCAUCAGACUGUUCUAUGAGCCGGUGACCACGCCUUGUGGGCACACGUUCUGCAAGAACUGCAUUGAAAGAAGCCUAGACCACAACCUGCGAUGCCCCCUCUGCAAACAGCCACUACAAGAGUACCUCAAGAACAGGAAGUACAACCCCACGGUGAUACUACAGGACGUCAUGACCCGCCUGUUCCCCUCCCAGCUGGCUGAGCGUAAGCAGGUGCACGAGACUGAGAUGGCCGAACUCUCCAACUUGACCACCGACAUCCCCAUCUUCGUGUGCACGGUGUCGUACCCGGGCAUUCCGUGCCCGCUGCACGUCUUCGAGCCGCGCUACCGCCUGAUGAUGCGCCGCUGCAUGGAGACGGGCACCAAGAAGUUCGGCAUGUGCUGCUACGAGCCUGGCAAAGGUUUUUCAGACUACGGCUGCAUGCUGGAGAUCUUAGAGAUGGACCUGCUCCCGGACGGGCGAUCCUUCGUGGACACGAUCGGAGGCAACCGCUUCCACGUCUUGAGGCGCAGCCAGAGAGACGGAUACCACACCGCUGAUGUGGAGUACCUGGAGGACCGCAAGGCGGAGGGUGCGGAGCUGGACCUGCUGGAGCGGCUGCAUGAGAGUGUGUAUCAGCAGGCGAGUGAGUGGUACCAGCGGCUGGGCGUCCACAUCCGCGAUCAGAUCAGCAGACGCUUUGGGGCCAUGCCCGACAAAGAGGACAACAUCCAGGCGUCCAGUAAUGGGCCUGCAUGGUGCUGGUGGCUGCUGUCGGUGCUGCAGCUGGACCCCACCUACCAGACCACCGUGCUGUCCCUCACCUCCCUCAAGGACCGGCUCGGACACCUCCGCCUCAUGCUGGAGUACUUCUCCCAGAGCUAGACACACACACACACACACACACGCACACACACACACUCACACUCACACUCAGGCACGCACGCACGCACACACACACUCACAACACACACACACACACACACACACACACACACACACACACACACACACACACACACACACACACACACACACACACUAACUUACUGUGCACAGAGUUCUGCUGGACUAUAGCAAAUGUGCUGUAAUUCUGAAUAAUCUGGCAGCCCUUACAGCCAGGGGCAAUACCUUUUUGUUUUUAAAACGUUGGGGAAUCUUUGGGAACCAAAUUUGGAAUUAUUACUAUUUUAACACUAUUUAUAUAUAGUAUUUUUUUUUUCUCUUUUUUUGUGCUACCCACGGUUUUGAGAUUUUAAAAAUCAGUUUCUGUUGAAGAAAAGGGGUUGGCAAUGUUGGUAUGCAUGACUCCAGUCAACCGCUCAUCUCUGCAGUAUCAUUUGUGUGCACAACAUGUCCCAAACCUAAGUGACCCACUCUAGUCAAUCGCUUUGGGCUCCGUGGCAUUGCUAGCAUGGCGGGAUUGUUUACACAGAGCUUGCUUCGUCAUACUUGAUUAACCUUUGAAAAGAGAUUAACACACUUUUUUUUUCCAGACGAACCCUAUCACUUGCAGUCUUACCUGUGUUAUCUGUUGCAUCGGGAGCCAUGUCGGACGACAUUAACCUCUCUGCCAACUGAGGUGCAGAUUGUGGCUUUGCAGCGUACUAAUGCAGCAGGAGAAACAGCUUGUCUGGGAGGGGGGGACGGGAAUAGAAUAAGCAUGUUUAUAGGUAGCCGUCAGUAAGUCAUGACGCUGGUUGGAAUUAGCCUAAUAGAGUUUUGAGCAGGAUAUGCUGCUGCAUUCCAUACAACUCUGAGUUGAGGUGUUUUCUGUGAAGUGAGAACUGAAGUCUGACAUCAGAUAUGCCAGUUGUGUGGAAUGCAGCGAUGGUCUUCUUCUUCUUCUUCUUCUUCUUCUUCUUCUUCUUCUUCUUCUGAAUCGCAUUUGUGGUGGUGAACAUAUGAAGGAAGGCUGCCGCUGUGGUGCUCUAUCCCCUGGUGGAGUCUAAGUCACUCGUGUUCGGAAACUAGCGUCACUACCAACUCACUAGGGGAGCUGGGGCUGGCAGUAGGGAGAGUUGAGUGCUACUCGUGUUAGUGCCUUUGUCUGUAUUAUUGGCUUGAGCUCAAGUGGCGGUCGGCUCGCACAGCCCUUUGAUUUGAGAUACACGGACGCAGUUACAGAGGCGUGUCUCAAAUGUCUUCAGAGAUCUAUGAUGCCGGAUGCUGAGGGACAUUUUAGAUCUUUCCUAUCCGUGUGAAGGGCUGGCUGAUUUUUUAUUUUUUUUUGGUUUAAUUUGGUUUAACAAACUUUGUUUUUUCUCUCAAUUUUUGUGCCACAUUCCAGGGAAUGUCUGAGCAACAUUGAUGAUUUGUGAUUGACUCAAAUGAACACGGGCUUGAAACUGGGUGAAAACAAGCUGAUCCUGCUAAACUUUUGUUUACUGUAAUUAUUAUCAUUGUGCUUUUAAGACAUAUGUUUGUGUGUAGUAGUGCUUUCAGUCAGGAUGUAAGUCAUGAAUAGGUUAACAAGCCAUUGCCUGAACAGUUUCUUUUACCGUUUUGUUUUUUCUUUUGAAAAAAAAAUGAAAGAAAAAAAAGCAGACUUUUUGUAGUGUUCUAGUCCAUAACAGGCUGGCACAUAGCUUUUUAGCCAAAUGUGGGUGUUGUGUUUUUGUCUAUGUACAUACAUAAAUGUUGGAGCUUCUUGAAAUACAUUCAGUUGUAAUGAUAACGAGAGGAGGGGCUGAUUUUGGCUUUUUGGAGGAUUUUUAUAAAACCCUGUUACGCACAAUGAAAUUCCUCCAAAGGAAAGGAAAGGGUUUCAUGUGGCCUGGACAGUGUUUGGGGUCAGCACUGACAGGCCUGCCACACUAUCCCAAAGAACCUUCACAUGGGCUCCAGAUCAGAAACACACACACACACACACACACACACACACACACACACACACACACACACACAUCCAUACUGUACAUAUACACACACAAAUACAUACAUACUUAAUUCUCCCUUUACUUUUACUUUUAGAAUGUCUGAGCAAAUAUGCACACAUCCCCUCCUGUAAAUCUGUAAAUAUGGAGAUAUUUCUGAUUGAAUAGAAAUAUGGGAUGUAUGCAUGGGGUUAACUGAUGUUUUUUUUUUUUUUUUUAAAGAAAGAAACAUAUAUUCAAUACAUUCGCUCAUACACAGUAUAGAUACAUGAUGUAUCCAUGCAUUGAAAUGCAUACGUGGUGCAUCUCCUCUCCAGGUGCGUCGCGAGAGAGAGCCCAAGUCCCCACAAGCAGCUACCUCAGGGCUGUCGUGCCAAAAGGGAUCGAUUUUAAGGGAGGGGGAGACAAAACACACAAAUGAUAACUCUUUAGAUCCAAGUGCAUGUGAAUCCCACAGAGGCAGAGAAAUGACACCAUAUAGGCCAAUAGCUGACCAUCAUAGGGCUGCCUUCUCUAGAAGCUUCUUUGUCUUUGCUGUGAAUAGGCUACGGCUGCGACAGAUCGCAGGUUUUUAAUUUUGAGCUAUUUCACGUGUGGACCGCCGUUAUUUUGCUUUCUCUUUUUUUUUGGACCUAUCUAGCAUGGCCCAUUCAUUCUGCUUUCUUUUUUUGUUUGUUUGUUUGUUUGGUUGGUUGGUUGGUUGUAUGUUUGAAGAGAGCUGAAAGAAUGUCCAGACGUUUGUGGUCAACACUGUUAGAUUCCUGGCGAGGUGACGGAGACAGAACCUAUCCUGUGAAAACAUUUCAGUGAGUCCUUGUCCUUCAUGGUGACACAGCUCACUACAGGACACAUCAUAGAUAUAUAUAUAUACGACAUGUGGUGUCGUGGGAGUCACAGACAGAUCCACAUUGUUAAGGAAAAUAGUCCAAGGUAGCCAGAGAAUUGUCAGUGUGAAAUAACCCGAGGCAAACAUCCCACGUUUCUGAAAGUAAAAUUCCUGCUAAGUAGUUGAUCCAACCAUUUAGUGAAAAAGCUCAUCAUAAUUAGCAGCCAGUUAGAUCAGAUAAUUAGUGAUAUUACCUGUGUUUAGUGCACAGGUAGAAAGAACACAUUGCAGGACUUACUUUCUGGAACCAAGAUGUCCGCCUUUGAAAAUAACCUCAUCCCUGGUGUGUACAGAGUAUUUACUAAGCAUUAGAUCAUUGUGUGUGCUUGAAUUGAUUGCGGAGACAAGCUGUCCUCCCAUGCUGAGAAAUAUUGCCAGACCAACAAAAUAACCUUUGCUGUAGCUCUUUCAGUCGACAGAUAUCUUUUAUUUAUGAUCUGAUUGGGGUUAAUUAUGGAUCCAGCAGAUUUCGCUCCCCGUGGCCUGCGUGAAGUGUGAAUUACGUGGAAAUCAGCAGACUUCUCAAAUGGACACACUGUUUUAUGAUUAUGGAAUUUCCCCAAUGCUAAAGUAUACUUGUAUCAAUUGCAUUGUAUUACUUGGGGGAAGUCUCAAAGGCCAACUCGGGACUAAUUUUCCUGAAUGAUGUUAUCAAUUUAACAAAUAAAACUCUUGAAAAUA